AGGGCACGAAAGCAUCGAAUGGAAACUUGAGCUCUGGGCCCUCUGGCCGAGGCUGCACGGAGGAGGGAGGAUGGACGAGGCCACCUCCUGCGCCUGGGCAGUCCCGGUCCCUCCCUCUUGGAGCUUGGGCUGCAGGUAAUUGCUUCGGACACAGGUCCAGGACCCAGGACCGGGCGGCAGUGAGCCAGCGGGGGCACUUCCCACGCACUCGUCGCCACCCCGAGGAAGGUGUGGGCCUCCCACAGCAUUCUCCCGGUUUGCCCUUCUGUUGAUAAUCCGGGCCGUCCCGAACGAACGCUGCAGUGGGCCCCGCUUUCCACACCAUCAUCAGCUUUUCCUGGGCCAGGGACGCGCAGAGAGCCCCGAAGGCUUGAGACCGGAAGCCUCCUCUUCAGAUGUGGUCCGUGAAGGAUCCCAGUACUUCUCGGGAGCCGAACUCAGAGCCUGAGGAGCUUGCUGUUUCACAUCAGGAUCUGACCAACAAGCUGAUACCACCUGGGAAGCAGCCAAAGAACAUUUUAAUGCUAAAGGGGGAUCAAAUUCAGGCUCCCAUUGUGCCUUCACAGUUCAGAAGUACUCCCAGUCUAGCUGAGGCUACAGAUCAUCAGUUGUAUGAAGGAAUUGUUCCACCAUUAGACAGCCGGAGUUCAAAAGCAACAAAGUUCACGGUUUCACCCAAGGAGUUGAAGAAAGCUCUAGCUCAGCAUAAGAAACUUGCUAAAGUGAUUGUUGGAAAACCUCAAAAAAUCAUGGAUGAUUAUUAUGAAGAUCUGAAUAUGAAUGAAACUUAUUCUUAUAGCCUUCCUCUGCAAUCCCAGGAGAGUGCAGAUGAAGCUCCAGAGCUUUUAGAACAGGUUGAACCUGACCAAUUGGAGACACAAGAUCGAAAUCCCGAGAAUCCCCUUCAGGGUGCUCCAGAUUAUUUCCCACAGCCCCCUGAGGAAGAUGAGCCUUUAAUCCCAGCUCACCGUCCUCUUCCUUCUGAGGAACGACCGGUGCAUCCUGAAAUAAAUGGUCCACCUCCAAAUAGAAAUGAAGCUCAUCACUCAAACUUGCAAAAUGUCACAGUGAACCCUGUUGAUCUUGAGACAGUGACUUCAGAAGCAGAUAUGGAGGCACAAGCUACUCUGAGCCAGCCACAGACCCUAGGGCAGUUUCCAGAGAGUCCUGAGUUGUUGGAACCUUCAUCAACCCAACAAGAGGCCCCCGAUGAAAUUUUAGAGCUUGAAGACCUUGAAAAUUCUGGUAGCCAGCUAGAAACUCUGGCUCUGUCUACAAAGCUCCCUGAAGAAAUCAGUCUAGUUGAGCAAGAGGCUACAGUUCCAGUUCCAGAAUCCUCUAUGCAGAGUGUAGUUGAAACUCCACUAACCACAAUUCCACAUCCCAGUCAGGAUCAAGUUCUCCAUUAUACAUUGCCCAAGAUUACAGUCAAACCUGUAGAUGUGGCAGUUACAAUAACUUCUGAACCUGAAAAGGAGAUUGAGUCAUCUCCAUAUGAGGAAGAGACUCCAACCCAGACUCCAGGUCCUCUUGUUGGAGCUGAACCUUUUCCCAGCCAGCAGCAGCAGCAGCAAGCUGAACCUUCUGGGUAUCCUGAGGAGGUUGAAUCUUCUGGAAUUGAUUUGGAAUCUCCAGUUCAGCCUCAAGAGAAUGCAGAGGAGGUGGGGCCCUUACCAACCCAGCAGGAAGAUCUGUCUCAACAUCUGGGCCCUGUUUUGGAGGAUGAAUCUUCUCCCAGUGAACUAGAGCAGCCAGUUCAACUUUCUGAGUCUCGUGAGGAGGUAGGAUCAGUUUCUGGAAACCAGCCUGAAGCCUCAGUUCAGCCUGCAGAGGUCCCUAUUGAGAGUGGAGUUGAAACUUCACCAUUUCACCAAGUCCAGCCAGAUCAGAGUGAAGAGCACCAUUAUCACUUGCCACAUGUUACAGUUAGACCUGUGGAUGUGGCCCUCACCAUAACUUCAGAGCCUACCAAGGAGACUGAAUCUUCUCUUGCCCAGCAGGAUUCUCCAGUGCAUCCUUUGGAGUAUGCUGAUGAGAUGGAACCCUUUCUGAAUGAGGAGGAACCUCCAGCUCAGGCUUCUGAGCCUCCUGAGGAGAGUCAAUUUCAAAGCCAGCUGGAAGUACCAGCUCCAGCCUUAGAGUAUGCUGAAGAGUUUAAACCUUCUGCAACUGAUCAGGAACAAGCAACUCAGUUUCCAGAGCAUCAUGAAGUGACAGUUUUGCCCCCAGGUCACUAUCAAGCUCAGCAUUCUAGCUUGUCAAAUGUGACUGGUCAACCUCCAGAUCUGGAGAUUACCAUAACAGAAAAACCCGUAGCUGAGAUGGGAACUUCUCCUGUGUACCAUGAGGCUACAGCAUCUCCUGAAGAGGUUGAAAUGCCAAAUCAACAGGAUAUUCUGUCUCAGUCCCCAGAACCUAUUUUGUAUCAUAAACCUCUAAGCCAGCAAGAAGACACAGAUGGAAUCUCACAGAUCUCUGAGGAAGGACAACCCUUUUCAGACCAGCAGGAGGCUCCAGAACAGAUUAUAGAGCAGCCUAAUGAAGAGGUAGCCCAACCUCCAGAUUACCAUGAGGUAACAGGUCCAUCCAUGGGUCAUGGUCAAGUUCAUCCUCCAGCAUCACACAAUGCCCCAACUCAGUAUCCAACCAACCCAACAGAGGAGCAGAAUUCUCAAGUUGGUCAAGAGGUCCCAACCCAGCCUGAAGAAUUUCCUGAGGAACCUUCUCCAAGUCAGCAGGUUAGCUCAGCUUGGCCUUCAAUGACAGAUAUGUAUUUUUCACCUGCAGAUCUAGAGGCAAUGUUCAGAACUGAACAUCCAAAAUCAUAUAAAACCAUUAAACAUGUGGACCCAGCACUUACCAAAACUCGAAAGCCCUCUCUGGAGGUUGGAUCAGUUCCAUUUCCGCAGGAGGACCUACUUGAGCCCAUAGAUUCCACUGAGCAAGAUAAAUUUUCACAAAUCCAGACUAGUGCCCUUUCAAAGCCUCCAUAUGUCUUUGAAACUGAAUCUCCAGCCUUCCAAGAGGCCAUAGCUCAGACAACAUACCAUUCUAAAGAGGUGCACCUUUCUUCAGCUCAGCAGGAAGCCUCAGAACUGCCUCUGGGUCACAGUAUGGGAAUAAGACCUUCUGUACAUCAGCAAAUGGCCACAGACCUCCAUGAGAAUCACACUCCCAAACCACUGAAAAAUACUGUAACUCACAUUCCAACACACAAGACGAUAGUUCCAAGGCCAGAUAAGGAUCCAGUAGAGUCUACAUCAUCACCUAAUGGGCCAUUUCACACUUUGGACCUAGAAGUUACUGCAACUUCAGAAAUUAUUCCAGAGGCUGAGCAUUUACUGAAGAGAACUCUAAAUCCACAGACUAAUUUUCAAGGGAAAAUUUCACACCCAACUAAAACCACAGUUCAAUCUUUGGAUCUGGAACUUGCCAUAAAUCUACAACCUACUAGUAAGAAGAAACUUUGUCAUACUACUCAGAAGACCACAAAUCAGAUGAUGGGACCACAUAAAGAGGUUGUAGCUCAAGGUCCAGAAUAUAAUGAAAUGACAAUUCCAACACCAACUGAGAAUCAAGCUGAGUAUCUAGUAUCACCCACUGCCUCAUUUCAGUCCUUAGACCUAGAACUCACCAUAAGUUCAGAGCCUACCAGAAAGCCUCACCAUCCUACAACACCCCCUAAAACAGAGCAUUCUCUGGUGAUACAUCCAGAACAUGUUCACAUUCAACAUCCAAACCCAACUAAAGCUACAAUUCAAACUUUGGAUCUGGAACUUGCCAUAACUCCUCAACCUAUUGUUGAGGGAGGAUUUUCUCUUAGUAUGAAAGAGAACAUAACUCAGAUUACAGAGCCACCUGAAGAAGCUAUAACUACAGCACCAGAAUAUCAAGAGAUGACAGUUCCAACACCAGGUCAGGCUCAAGCUGAGUCUCUAGUUUCACCCAAUGCCACAUUUCAGCCCUUGGACCUGGAACUCACCAUAACUUCAGAGCCUACCAGAGAGCCUCACCAUCCUACAACUCCAAAGCAGACAAUAAGAGUUCAUCCUCCAAAGCACCCUCUUGUGAAACAUCCACAACAAGUUCACGCUCUGCAUCCAAACCCAAAUAAAGCUGCAGUUCAAACUUUGGAUCAGGAACUUAACUUAGCUCCACAACUUAUUGCUGAGGGAGAACUUUCUCAAAUUGUGCAAGGGCCUGCAACUCAGAUUACAGAACCACCUGAAGAGGCUGUAGCUCCAGCCUCAGUGUAUCAGGAGGUGACAGUUCCAACACCAGGUCAGGAUCAAGCUACGUCUCCAGUUUCACCCAAUACCACACUUCAGCCCUUGGACGUGCUACUCAACAUGAUUUCAGAGUCUCUUAAAGAUGUUUACCAUCCUUUAACUCCAGACAAGGAUACACUAAUUCAACUUCCAGAGCAUGCACUGGUGAUACAUGAACACAGACACACUCGGCACCCAAACACAGCUAAAGUCACAGUUCAACCUUUGGAUAUGGAACUUACCAAAACUCCACAACCUACUCUUGAGGGAGAACUUUCUCACACUAUGCCAGAGAGCGCAGUUUAUCUUACAGAACCACCUGGAGAGAUUGUAGCUCCAGCCCCUUUGUAUCAGGAGGCGGCAGUUCCAACACCAGGUCACGAUCAAGCUACGUCUCCAGUUUCACCCAAUACCACACUUCAGCCCUUGGACGUGCUACUCAACAUGAUUUCAGAGUCUCUUAAAGAUGCUUACCAUCCUUUAACUCCAGACGAGGAUACACUAAUUCAACUUCCAGAGCAUGCACUGGUGAUACAUGAACACAGACACACUCGGCACCCAAACACAGCUAAAGUCACAGUUCAACCUUUGGAUAUGGAACUUACCAAAACUCCACAACCUACUCUUGAGGGAGAACUUUCUCACACUAUGCCAGAGAGCACAGUUUAUCUUACAGAACCACCUGGAGAGAUUGUAGCUCCAGCCCCUUUGUAUCAGGAGGCGGCAGUUCCAACACCAGGUCACGAUCAAGCUACGUCUCCAGUUUCACCCAAUACCACACUUCAGCCCUUGGACGUGCUACUCAACAUGAUUUCAGAGUCUCUUAAAGAUGUUUACCAUCCUUUAACUCCAGACGAGGAUACACUAAUUCAACUUCCAGAGCAUGCACUGGUGAUACAUGAACACAGACACACUCGGCACCCAAACACAGCUAAAGUCACAGUUCAACCUUUGGAUAUAGAACUUACCAAAACUCCACAACCUACUCUUGAGGGAGAACUUUCUCACACUAUGCCAGAGAGCACAGUUUAUCUUACAGAACCACCUGGAGAGAUUGUAGCUCCAGCCCCUUUAUAUCAGGAGGCGGCAGUUCCACCACCAGGUCAGGAUCAAGCUGAGUCUGCAACAGCACCUGUUGUCUCAUUUCAGCCCUUGGACCUGGAACUCACCAUAACUUCAGAGCCUACCAGAGAGCCUCACCAUCCUACAACUCCAAAGCAGACAGUAAUAGUUCAUCCUCCAAAGCACCCUCUUGUGAAACAUCCACAACAAGUUCACGCUCUGCAUCCAAACCCAAAUAAAGCUGCAGUUCAAACUUUGGAUCAGGAACUUAACUUAGCUCCACAACUUAUUGCUGAGGGAGAACUUUCUCAAAUUGUGCAAGGGACCACAACUCAGAUUACAGAACCACCUGAAGAGGUUGUAGCUCCAGCCUCAGUGUAUCAGGAGGUGACAGUUCCAACACCAGGUCAGGAUCAAGCUACGUCUCCAGUUUCACCCAAUACCACACUUCAGCCCUUGGACGUGCUACUCAACAUGAUUUCAGAGUCUCUUAAAGAUGUUUACCAUCCUUUAACUCCAGACGAGGAUACACUAAUUCAACUUCCAGAGCAUGCACUGGUGAUACAUGAACACAGACACACUCGGCACCCAAACACAGCUAAAGUCACAGUUCAACCUUUGGAUAUGGAACUUACCAAAACUCCACAACCUACUCUUGAGGGAGAACUUUCUCACACUAUGCCAGAGAGCGCAGUUUAUCUUACAGAACCACCUGGAGAGAUUGUAGCUCCAGCCCCUUUGUAUCAGGAGGCGGCAGUUCCAACACCAGGUCACGAUCAAGCUACGUCUCCAGUUUCACCCAAUACCACACUUCAGCCCUUGGACGUGCUACUCAACAUGAUUUCAGAGUCUCUUAAAGAUGUUUACCAUCCUUUAACUCCAGACGAGGAUACACUAAUUCAACUUCCAGAGCAUGCACUGGUGAUACAUGAACACAGACACACUCGGCACCCAAACACAGCUAAAGUCACAGUUCAACCUUUGGAUAUGGAACUUACCAAAACUCCACAACCUACUCUUGAGGGAGAACUUUCUCACACUAUGCCAGAGAGCACAGUUUAUCUUACAGAACCACCUGGAGAGAUUGUAGCUCCAGCCCCUUUAUAUCAUGAGGCGGCAGUUCCAACACCAGGUCAGGAUCAAGCUGAGUCUGCAACAGCACCUGUUGUCUCAUUUCAGCCCUUGGACCUGGAACUCACCAUAACUUCAGAGCCUACCAGAGAGCCUCACCAUCCUACAACUCCAAAGCAGACAGUAAUAGUUCAUCCUCUAAAGCGCCCUCUUGUGAAACAUUCAGAACAUGUUCAUGUUCAGCACCAGAAGCCAACUCAAGUCACAGUUCGACCUCUAGAUCUGGAACUUGCUGUCUCCCAUCAAAGUACUGCUGAGGAAAAGCUUUCUCAAACUGUGCAGAAGAGCACAGCUCAUCUUACAAAACCACCUAAAGAAGUAGUAGCUCCAGAGCCACUAUAUCAGGAGGUGACAGUUCCAGCACCAGGUCAGGCUCAAGCUGAAGGUUCAACAUCUCUUGUAUCAUUUCAGCCUUUGGAUCUGGGACCCACCAUAAAUUCAAAGCCUACAAGAGAGGCUCACCAUCCUACAACUCCAAAGCACCCUCUGGUGAUAUAUCCAGAACAUGUUCACACUCAGCAUCCAAACCCAGCUGAAUUCACAGUGAAAUCUUUGGAUCUGGAACUUACCAUAGCUCCACAGCUUACCUGUGAGGGAGAACUUUCUCAAAGCAUGCAAGAGAGGGUAACUCGGGUUACAGAACCUCCUAGACAGGUGGUUGUGGCUGAGUAUUCAGUUUCCCCCAGUGUCACAUUUCAGCACACAGACUUGGAACUCAUAACUUCAGAGCCUACUAGAGAGUCUCACCAUCCUUCAACUCUAGAGGAGACUACAGUUCCUCCUCCAGAGUACCCUCUGGUGAUAUAUUCAGAGCCUUUUCACAAUCCACCUAAAGUUACUGUUCAGCCUUUGGAUCUAAAACGUACUGUAACUCAUCAACCUACUGAUGAAGGAGAGCUUUCUCAAAGUAUGCAAGAAGGCACAACUCAGAUUACCAGACCACCUAAAGAGGGUAUGGCUCUAGCUCCAGAAUUUCAAGAGGUGACAGUUCCAAUACCAAUUCAGGGUCAAGCUGAGUAUCCAACACCAGCCAGGAUCUCAUUUCAGUCUCUGGAUCAGGAACUCACCCUAUCUGCUCAGCCUCCUGCAGGGACUCACUAUCCUCUAGCUCCGGAGCAGACUACAGUUCAUCGUUCAGGCCACAAUGUGCUGCUAAACCCAGAACUUGUCGCUCCUAUUACAAGAACUCUAACUGAAGUCAUAGUUGAACCUGAUGAUUAUAUCCCAUCUACUGUAGGAAACAUUACUGAAAAUUUGCAGAGGACCACAGCUAAGGGUAGAAAACCACCUAAAAAGGUUGUAGCUCAAACUCUAGGAUCAGCUCUAAUUCAGGAUCAAGCUGAGUAUCUAAAACCACCAUAUCAGCCCUUAGACAUGAAACCCACUGUAACUUCAGAGCCUACUAGAGAGGCUCAUCAUCCUGCAAUUCUCAGUGAGACUAUAGCUCAUCUUCCAAUGAAUUCUCAAGUGACACUUCUAGAACAGGAUCACAUUCAGCAUCCAAACUCAACUGAAAUCCCGGUUCGUACUUUAGAUUUGGAAGCUGCCAUAACUCAUCAACCUACUACUAAGGAAGGACUCUUUGAAACUGUGCAAAAGACCUUCUCUCAGCCUGCACAGCUACAUGAGGGGCUUGGUACCAAAGCUCCAGUGUUUGAUGAUAGUAAAGAUGCAAUGCCAGGUCAUCAGAUUCAGCAUACAGUGUCACACGAGGUCCCAGUUAAACAUCUUGAUGUAGAGCAUGCUACAACUGAAGUAUCUAAGAUAGAGGCUGAACUUUCUGAAGCCCCAGAGAAUAUUCCUAUUCCUCCUCCAAAUAACCCUGAAGAGAUACUCCCACUUCCUGACAAGAUUCAGGUUCAGCCUCCAAACAUAACUCAAUAUUUACACUCAGAAUUUUCAGUUACUCGACAGCCUAAUACAAUGGUUAAACGUUCUGCCCGUAUGAAGGACACCCCAGGUCAGACUUCAGAGAUACCUAUGGAGACUGUAGCUCAAUCUCUAGAGCAUUAUGAGAUAACACCUCUAACUUCAGUUCAUGUUGAGAUUCAGCAUUCAUAUUCGUCAGUUAUAGAGCCUGAGCAUUCUGAAGUUCCAGAGUCUGUGCAUCCUGAAGUCCCAGGGACUACAUCUUACCUAGAGUCUGCACAUUCUGAAGUCCCAGACACUAUAUUUUAUCCAGAAUCUUCACGUUCUGAAGUUGCAGAGACUACAUCUUAUGCAGAGUCUGCCCAUUCUGAAGUCCCAAAGACUACAGCUGCUUCUACAGAGGCUGCAGAUUGUAGAGGCUCAACAAUUGCAGCUGUUUCUCCAGAAUCUAUACAUUCUGAAGUCCCAACAACUACAGCUGCUUCUACAGAGGCUGCAGAUGUUGGAGUCUCAACAAUUGCAGCUGUUUCUCCAGAGGUUGCACAUCUUAAAGUCCCAACAACUACAGCUGCUACUCCAAAGUUCCCUGAAAUGACACCUUCACCUCCAGAUCAGGCUGAGAAACAGUAUCCAAGCCCAGCUGAAGUCACAGUUACAUUUUUGAAAAUGGAAUUUACCGCAACUCCAUAUCCUGAAAAUUCUAAUACAGAACACGAUUUAGCUAUGGAACAAAAUGCCUACUUGUACACCGACAUCUGUGACUUCUGCGUGUGUGAAAAUGAGACACUGUUGUGCAUUCAUCUCAGCCCAGUGCGGAGACUCCAGCAAGUGCCUGUGCCAAGGCCCGACACCUACAAUGACACUUUUGCUAUCUUGAAUUUCCAAGGAAAUGAUAUUUCUUACAUUGACAAAAAUGUUUGGAAAGCAUACCGUUGGGCCGAGAAACUAAUUAUCAGUGAAAAUCACCUGACUGAAUUACAUAAGGAUACAUUUGAAGGCCUGCUGUCCCUCCAGGUUUUGGAUGUAUCCUGCAAUAAAAUACGCUAUAUUGAAAGAGGGACAUUUGAAUCAUUACCUUUUUUGAAGUACCUGAACCUUGGGUGCAAUUUACUCACUGAAUUGAGCUUUGGAACAUUUCAAGCAUGGCAUGGAAUGCAGUUUUUACAGAAGUUGAUUCUCAGCCGUAAUCCUCUCACAAUUGUUGAAGAUCCUUACUUUUUUAAAUUGCCAGCAGUAAAAUAUCUAGACCUGGGGACAACACAAGUGCAACUGACAACGCUUGAGAAUAUCCUCAUGAUGACUCUGCAGCUGGAACAUCUGUUCUUACCUAAACACAUAGUCUGCUGCCUCUGCAAAUAUAAAACGGAUAUUGAGAUCGUCUGCAAGACAGUCAAACUGCAUUGUCAUAGUGGAUGUCUGAUAAACACCACACAUUGUCUUGAAGAAGCAUCUAUAGGGAACCCAGAAGGACCAUUCAUGAAGGUGUUGCAGACCCGGAAGGAGAACACCACCAUGGAACUCAUUAUUGAACCAGAGAGGGGCUAUUCAGACAAAGAAAAUGCCAAUUACUCCAGCUCCAUGGAAGAAGAGUUCAACUUUAGUGAUGAAAAUGAUGUUAUGAGUGCACUAAAUUACAUACUGCCAUAUUUCUCUGAGGGAAAUCUAGAAGAUGUAGUAUCAACAAUGUUACCAUACAUUAAACUGCUAUUUUCUCAUGAACAAGAUUCAGAUAAUUCCUUGGGAUCUUUGCAGAAUGAUACAGAAAGUCUUCCUGUUAAAAAUGAAUCUGAGUCCGGUAACUUCACUUACAAAAAUAAAUUGAAUAAACUUUAUUUUCUAGAAAAUUUGUUAGAUGCAGAAAUUAAUGAGGUUAAAAAGGAAGGGAAAUCUGUAGUACAGAAGGAGAAGUAUAAUAAUUUAGGUAAAAAAUUUAAGCGAGAAAUAUUUGAAAAGAGAUGGGAACCUGCCCAGGCAGAGGAAAGCAGUCUUGCAGAGAUUGAGAAGGCAGAGAAAAGGCUCCACAGGAUGAACAGAGUGCUCAAGGGGACAGGAAGCAUACAGAAAAGGCAUUUCAAGGACGUGAGUGCCAAGAGCCUGUGGCGCAAGCAGAGUGACCAAGCACCUGUGGAGAACAUCACCAAAGAUGGGCAGCUCAGGAGCCCACCCACAACGGAGCUGCAGCAGCUCCAUCUGGGGCAGAAGCCCAGGAAGUUAGUGGGGAAUUCCUUCCACUCAGAGCCCUUGCUCCCAAAGGAACACGGGGAGGCAGUGUCUUCUUCCCCGGAACAGUCCCUGGUGGACGAGGCUCCCACUACAAAGUCUCUACCUGAGUUCAUAGAGAGACGAAAAGACUUGUCUUACACCCUUUAUGUUUUAGAAAGUGCAAAUGCCAAUGUGAAAAGAACGAAGGGGUCUAAUCCUAAUUUCCAGUCUGAAGAGAGACAUCGAAACCUUAGGAAGAAAAAGUCUCAUUUCCAGUUGAUUGCAAAGAAGCCGGCAUCCUCUGUAAUGAGGAGCCUGGUAAAUUCCCCUGCUGGAGGGGUCUUUUCAUCUUUAGGAGACCUGGGUUAUGAAGAAAAGCCUUUUUCAGAAUUAUCUGCUGCUUCAGAACCUUCUACAGAAAAACCCCUUGAAGAAAAUCAGGCUGCAACAGAUAAUAAUGAAGAAAACAUCCUCGAACCAACCAUCAUGAUGCCUGAAGAACCUGCAUCAGAAACCGUACCCUCUGAGAAUCCUGCUGUGUAUUCUAAUGUUCCUACAUCCUAUGUAAUUCCAACUGCUAAACAAAUCAGCGAGCCACAUUUAGGAUUCAUCUUGGGUUCUCAGAAACAUUCCCAUUUCAAAGAAUAUGAGUACCCGUUGGUGAUGUCACCAGGUGAACACUUUGAAUCUCAUCUAAACAAGCAGCUGCAGCCCCUCAUCCCCAACAAUGACGUGAGGAGGCUUAUUUCUCAUGUUAUCAGGACUUUGAAGAUGGACUGCACUGACAUUGAAGUGCAACUGUCCUGUGCCAAGCUCAUCUCCAGAACAGGGCUCCUGAUGAAGCUUCUCAGCGAGCAACAAGAAUUCAAGUUUUCCAGGACCGAAUGGGAUACAGAGCAGUGGAAAGAUGAGAACUACCUCAAUGAGACCUCAGAAGCCCACCUGGAACCAAGUCAGCGUGCAAAACAAGUUCCAGGAUUCAGCUACAGCAACAAAGUCAUCUUGGCAGUAUCUGUAACUGGAGUCGUGACAGUUUUGAUUAUCAUUUUCUGUCUCAUUGAGGUUUAUUCCCACAGAACAAAAGAGGGAGAUGAAGAGAAGUCCACAGGGGGUAAGAAAUGCUACAAGGACAGUAAGAGUCAGGAAAGAUUUGCUUGGUUAAGGUGGCCACAGUGGCUUACAAAUAUAUUCAAAUAUGACACAGAAAAUAAAAGCAGGACUGAGGAUCUGCAGUCUAAGGAGUUCUCUACAGAGGAGGAAAUUACCAUUCAUGAUAUAUCUUGGGGUACCAAGGAAGAAAUCACACCAGUCCCAAAAUCGUCGGCCACUGAAGCAGAAGAAAGUGAAGGAGCCGAGGACGCUGAAGCUACAGAAUGACCUGCUAUCCUUUAUUAAUAAAUUAUUUUUUGUAGAUUUGUGGUUGUUGAGGACCUUUGUGAAUAAAUGAAAAUCAAUGCAUAGCAGUUGAUACUGUGGGCCAGUAAAGAUGGCUCAUUGUGGAAUAUUCCUUACACUGUGUGAAUAUAUAUCACUGUGAAUGUGCUGCAAGCUCCAGGAAAAUGUAUGGAAUCCAGCUACUAUGACAAAAGCUACUACUUG